ACUGGUGGCAAAUCACCCCCUCAGCUCACUUCAUGCGCAAAUCACCCCCUCAACUCACCUGCAGUGGCAAAUCAGCCCCUCUGUUAAGGCUUCCGUUAACAUUUAACAGUAUGCUCACAAGCCCUUCCUCUGUGUCUGACGUGGCCUUUUUUUUGCUGAGGUGGAGGCACACCUGGACAAAUACCUCAAAAUCAGCAUCGGAAUGCAAGCAUCGCUUUCUUCUCUAUUCCCGUUAAAACCUCCAAAGAUCUGCCAAAAUCAGACGAAGAAACUUCAGCAGAUGCUCAGCCCUCGUUGUUUUCUCUGGCUGGAUGUGACCAAUACUAGUUAGACUAUUCAGGACAUUCCCCAUGUUUGAAAGUCCUGGAGCAUCUCAUAGUCCUCAUCUUUGCAAGCUUGAUCACUUUGUCAUUUUAAAUUUGGUAAUUCUUUUUUUGAAUAGAUUGGAUGGGAUUCAGUCAUGAGAAUGAGUGCAGACUUACAGGAUUUGUUCUUAUAUGAGGCCUUCUUGUACUAUAACCCCCGUCUUCUUGUGACAAUGAUGGUUUAGCUCUGGGGAGUGAGCUUAUGCGUUUUUUCACAGGGCAGUGUUAAUUAUGCAAAAAUUUUUGAUCUUGAUCAAAAUCAUCUUACUCACAAAGAUAUAUGGAAGGUACUCAUGCAAAAUGCACCUAUUGUCAAUUGGACUUUUUUUGGAAGCUGCAGCAGCAGCUUGAACUUUGUCAAUAAUUUUAUUUCUAAUUAUUGUGUAGGAAAUUUGACUUUAUUUUUUACCAUCUUCCUCAGCGUAGCAUUUGGAUGACCAUUAUUGUCCCAACUAGCAUGACAGCAUAUCUUUAUCUCUAUUCCCAUGGAGAAGUAUCAUUGGCUGCAUCACAACCAGUGUAGCAUCUGUCCUGCCCAUUAUACAAUUUUGCUGCAUUAUACUGUUAAACUUUAUUGUACUCAUUCCACUUUAUUGUAUCAUUGGCUAAGGUAUGAAGCUGCAUCAUUUUUUGGUCCUUUGUUUUUGGUAUAUUUAAUUGAAAAGCUAUAGCUAGGGACAUAUUUAGGAAUGGUGUUGUGAAUCUGCACGGUCCUGGAGAAGCUCUAUUUUCCUGCAUUUUAGAUUCAGAUAGAUUGUAUGGCAUGGAAAGUACCAGCUUUCCUACUCUUUCAAACUUUUCUAUCCUAGGCUAAAGCUACGAUAUUGGAAUCAUUCAGUUCUGUGAAAGGAGCUUCAUUUUAUAAUGCACUUAUAAUUGUCAAUUGAGUGCAGGUAUUUUCAGAUUUGGAACGUUCAGUUUGCCGUCACCGCUAGAUCUUAAAAGGACGAAGAGGGGAAGAAGACGAAGACGAUGGAAACUGUGUGCCUCCACUGCAGCAUCCAUCUCAACAACAAAAGGGCCACGUCAGACACAGAGGAAGGGCUUAUGAACAAACUGUUAAAUGUCAACGGAAGCCUUAACAGAGGGGCUGAUUUGCCACUGCAGGGGAGUUGAGGGGGUGAUUUGCGUGUGAAGUGAGUUGAGGGGGUGAUUUGCCACCAGUUGUUGAGUUGAGGGGGUGAUCUGCACCUUUUGCCUUGAAGUAAUUGCACAAGUAGUUAUCAAAUGUACAAGUGUGCCCUCUACACAUACUGAAGUGUUGCUGUUAUUUUCGUUGUGAUUUGGGUUUAAAAGGCACUUUGAUGAAAGCCGAUAUCCUAGUCAGCACCUCGAUUCAAAAGGAAAUGCUACAGUUCGUAAUUCCGUAACCUGUUCUCUGGUUAUAUCUAUCCACUCCGUUGCCUCCCCUGGUUUCUGCAGCACCCAGAACAAAGCUACGAUCUUUAGCGAUGAAGUUUAAAAAGAGGAGAGGCCCUUUUUUCGUUAUCUUGAACGUUUCUCAUUUCCGCAUUCUGUCUUUCCGUUUCGUUCUUCCCGUGUUGGGAACCAGAAAUGGUGUAUAUCUCUCCGGCACCAUAACAUGUCUGCUUAUCUGAAGAUCAUGCUGGAGGUUAAUUUUCAUUUGAAAUGAAUCUCGAACCUUAAUUGUGAUUCUUGUGAAAUUUAUGAAUGUUGAAGCAACUCAAAUUUGGGAAGCUAAAUGAAAUUCGGCUUGCCAGGACCUGGAAGGGAGUGCUGCAUACGGUAU